AUGUUCCGCAUACUCGAGUCUCAAGCGCCGGCGAAGCAGACGGCCACCGAUGCAAUCGCUAUUCUAUCGAAUAGGCUCCAAAGUGCAACCUUGCUGGAGGACCGACGAGCAGCGAUACUUGGCUUACGCAGCUUCGCAAAAACAUAUCCCGCAAGCGUCGCAUCUGAGUCACUCCGAGAUCUAAUUGCCAGUGUUCGGAAGGAUGCAGAAGAUGUUGACACUCUGAAAGUGGUGCUGGAAACAUUGUUGAUGUUAUUUUCUCCCGACGAGAACAGCCCCGAAGCUUCAGACGAGAUCGUGUUGUGGCUUGCAGAUGAAUUCACUCAGCGUCAAGAUAAUAUCACGGCAUUGUUGGAUCUGCUAGAAACCAAGGAUGUCUACCCUCGGCUUUAUUCGUUGCAAUUGAUCUCUGCCAUAUGUGCUGCGAGACCUGAUCGAACGCAAGAAUGUAUAUUCACCGCCCCACUGGGUAUUUCAAGGCUAGUAAAUGUGCUAUCUGAUGCUCGAGAGCCCGUGCGAAAUGAGGCACUCGUUCUCCUUAUCGCUCUGACUCCGUCGUCAGCCGAGUUACAAAAACUUGUUGCAUUUGAAAAUGCGUUUGAUCGUGUGUUUGAAUUAAUUGAGGCAGAAGGUUCAUUAUCUCAAGGAUCUGAAGUUGUGGUGGACUGCCUUUCGCUUCUGGCGAAUCUACUUCGACUAAAUGUUUCAAACCAAACCUAUUUCAGAGAGACAGGGUGUGUUAAGAAACUCGCAGGCCUGCUUACGGAUGUGACAAAUCCCCCGAAGACCGACGAAGAAUUGCCACCAUGGUUGCUAGCUAGGCGAGAUAAAAACCUAUGGGGAUUAUUAGCUAUCAUUCAGUUGUUCCUAGUCAAAGGUGGGAUUUUGAAAACCAAUCAAACAGCCUUCUGGCAAGCCGGCAUUAUGGAAAGAGUGCUACUUGUUGCAUUCAGUAAAGACUUCGAGGUUCCUGUUAUCGCCAAGGCCCUGGAAACCUGUGCGGGAAUGAUUCGUGGAAAUUCAUCAUUGCAAGAGAAAUUCGCAGAUGUAGAAGUGUCCUGGAAUACCGAGUCUGGCGUUACCGGGGUUUCAAAUGGUAACAUGAAGACCAGUAAAUCCGUGCGGAUGAAUGUCAUCGAGGCUUUGCUCAAGUUGACGCUUGAACCGGCUCCUAUAUUCGCUUUGGAAGCACGACUUGCAGCCUGCGAAUGCAUUGAGGCCUUCUUUGCCAAGCACCAUGGAAUUCGAUUACACUUUUUGAGAAGAGCUAUUGAUGGACACUUGAGUGGCAAUGACCAAAUACCGAACAUGCUGUCCACUCUGUUAGAAGCCCCUGAGUCUCGCGCACGAGUUGAUCCGUACCGUAACUGGAUUGCUUCUGUUUUGAUGUUCCAUCUGCUAUUUGAAGACCCAGAGGCCAAAGCACUUGCUCUAAAGGUCACGGAAGGGAACGCGGAGAAGGGCGAAGAAGUCGUUACAUGCAUUCAAAUGAUAGCUAGCAACUUAACCACUGGCCUACAGCGGGGCGACGAUGACCGAAUUUCCGUUGCUUCUUUGAUGCUUUUAUGUGGUUGGUUAUUUGAAGAUCCGGAUGCAGUUAAUGACUUUUUAGGGGAAGGCAGCAUUAUGCAAUCGUUGAUCCAGGAGAUAAAACACAGUCGUGUAGGCAAUAUUCUCGUUCCAGGUCUAUGCUCCAUUCUCCUGGGCAUCAUCUACGAAUUUUCGACAAAGGAUUCUCCUAUACCAAGAGAGACACUUCAUGGCUUACUCACUACCAAGCUGGGAAGAGAACAGUACAUUGAUAAGAUUACCAAGCUUCGAGAGGAUCCUCUAGUUCGAGAUUUCGAGGUCCUACCACGAACUGGUCGAGGCGACCAUGACGGGACACUGCCUGAAAUAUUCUUCGAUGGGAUUUUCAUAGAGUUCCUGAAGGAUCAUUUCGGGCACUUCUUACGCGCAAUUGACCGCGAACCAGGACUGGAGAUUCCAGUCAUGACAAAUGGUGUUCAGAAAGGAAUAUCUAGAGAGCUAGUGGACUCGCUUCGGACACAAGUUGAACAACAUAGCCAAACGAUUCAGAAAUUGGAAUUGGAUCUACUAAACCUGCAGCAGAAGCUGGAACAGGAGCAACUGGAUCAUCGACGAACUAAGGAAUCUACUAGCCAUGAAAUGUCUCGCAUUAGAAAUAUCAAUGAUAGCCUGCAGAAGAAUCACGAGAUCGAAAUGUCACGACUGGAGGAUUAUCACAAAGGAAUGAACGAGAGCCUUCAAAGAAACAAUAGGUUGGAAUUGUCGAAGUUGGAGGAACACCAUCAGCAGGAAUUAUCAAAAUCGGAAGAGCAUCACCAAAAUACAAUCACAACCUUGCAAAAGGAACACAUGUCGGAAAUGAACAAACUGGAAGAGCAACACAAACAAGGACGGAAUGAAUUGCUUAAAUCGCACGGCGAACAACUUCGAGCAAUUGAUAGUCAACUCAAAGAAACUACCGCCGACUAUGAAGGGAAAAGCGCUAAAUUACGACAGCGUCACGAGGAUGAGGUAUCUGAACUCAAGAAGUCUAUUGCAAGACUGGAAGAGAACCUGGAAAAAGUCAACAAGGAACAUAUUCAGGAACUGCAGACUAUACGUGAGGAGCACUCGGCUAAAUAUGGUGCAUUGGAGAAUCAACUGGUGCAGGCUGAUGGACGAACCACAACUGCUGAAGAGAGUGUUAAAAAACUCGAAAAGGAGCUUUCAGAAGCUAAGAAAGCAACACAAAAAGCCGAAAGCGAAGCAGCAGAGGCAGAAACGGCCCGGAAAGAAGCACAAAGCGAAUUGGAGGACCUCCUCAUUGUGUUUGGCGACUUGGAAGCCAAGAGAAAACAGGAAAAGCAACGCCUCAAGGAACUCGGAGAAGAAGUGUCAGACGAGGAGGAGGACGAGGACGAUGAGGGGGAUGACGAUGAAGGUGCCGAUUAA